AUGGCUAUUGGGCGAGGUUUGUACAAAUAUGUGGCCACCGAGCAUGUACUGAUUGUGUACAUGUUGGCCUAUAGCCCCAUCAUCCCCACCCAGACGCAAUACAUUGAGAAGCGAAUCAUAGAGCAGCUGGGAGUCGUCAACUUCACCAGUCCAAGUGUGACGCCAACAAGUCCAGUCCUGAGUAUAGACUCGGGAGAAGGUACAGCAGGAGUCCAGCGUAUGGUCCCUGUACCUCACCGCAACCUUGCCCUCGCUGUGAUAUUCUCGGCAAACAUCUGGGGGGCGCUUGAGCGACAAGUCGGCCGCCAUGUCGCGCUCGUCAUGCCCUGCGUUGGCCUUGCUGCGAACAGCGCCGUCAACCUCCUUGCGCAAGGGAUCGGCGGCGACAUCACGACCUUCAUCGUUGGCUGUGCAGGGUACAACUCGGACGUGACGAUGCCGGAGAGUCGGGAGCGUACUAUCCGCUUCAUCCUGAUCGACGUCUUUUACUGCUUUGCGGGGAGCAUAUGCCAGUUUUCGCUGGGGUUCAUCAUCAGAACAUUCGGCUUCGAGGCACCCCUACCUGUCUGUCAUCGGUUUCGUCGUGAUCACGGCAGGCUUCAUAAUCUGUCUUUUGCCGGACCGACGCGUGGCCGACACCGUACUUUCGUCAACUCCAGCGAGGAAGAAGUCCCCUCGAAUCCACUGAACAUCGUUAAGAACGUCCGUCGCGUGUUCACGCAGGACAAACUCCGUGGUUGGCUCCUGGCCGGUUUCAACUAUAUCAUUUUCUCCAACAUACUGGUUUCUGUGGCGUGGGUGGCUAUCAGUGUGCUGUACAAUACAGGGGAAGCCGUUUUGUGUAUUGUCGGAGGAACUGUAGUCUGCAAGUAUCUGUCCAAAUUUUGGGCGAUGCAUCUUGCCUCUCUCACCAUUGUCGCCUCCCUGGUGAUCACGGCCGUCGCCCAGAAUUACUUGACGCUGUACUUGGGUUUGCAGCCGGAUUUUUACGUUUCUGACGACCCGCUGUGCAGGACAAGCAUGGCCAACCUGGUGGGCCCUAAUCAACAAGGGGUUGUUUUUGCCUUCAGCGGUUGCCUAAUGAGCCUGGCUGGUUUCCUGUCUCCCAUCAUCUUCAAUGCCAUCUACAGCAGCACUCUGCAUUUCAUGACUGGAUUCGUCUACCUGACCAUGGCGCUGCUAGUCCUGAUUUCAUGGGGUGCAUUGU